ACCCUGAUGACAGUUUGAAUGAUGUGUGAAAAUGUUCCUCUAGCCCCGCCAUCACAGCAGUGUGGGACCAGGCCGGUGGAUUUAUAUGUGACCAUCAUGGGAACGUCACUAAGGAAUGGAGCUGGCAGAGAGACCGCAAACUGAGGGGGAAGAUUGUUAUACAGUUGUCAGACGUGAUCUCUGUGAGGCUGCUCAGUGGAACGUCUGCAGUGCUCAGCUUCAGGUGCAACAGCGAAAGCGUUGAGCUUCACCUUCGGGCUCUGUCCAACAUCAACCAAUCACAAGAAACGACCGAAGGAAAGUUUAACCUUGAUUCCGUGAGAAAGACAAAACCCCCGGCCGUGAUCCUAGACAGCAAGAGGAACGUGUUCCUACAACGCGGGGUCGGAGAGGUGGGGGAGCCGGAGGAGCCGGAGGAGCCGGAGGCACAGUGGAGAAGAAGAGAGCACGUCGACCGGGAGCUGAAGAGGCUUCAGCAGAGAGCCCGAAAAACCCUGCACAGCUGGCUGGACUAUUACCACGUGGCCAUCGGUAUCAGGUGUCCCGGCAUGGAGCGGAUUUCAGAUGCCCCGUUGAAGACCAGAGCGAGGAGAGAUGUGCACUCAGCCGCUCUGCCCUCCCUGAACCCCCCGAAGCGAGCAGAUGCUAAAACAGUCCGACCUGAGGAGGACAGGAGUGAGUUACGGGAGCUGGCCGGACAUCGCUCACUACCUGCGGAAAAACCUCCAGACUCCUACGUUAAGCUGCCAAGAACGCCAAAAAGGCAACCAAAGGAGGAGCCCCAUGUCACACGAAUAGGACCCCUUCAGAUUCACGGCAACAUUAACCCCGCGUCAGUGAUUAUUCCAAACGAGGGGGCGGAUCUGCAGGCCUUCGCUGUCAUCCGCUGUCCCGCUGUCCCGCCUUCGCUCACCCCUUCCACCUCCACCGCAGCGUGCCCUGCUCUGCUGAGAGCCGCCCUGCUGGGGGAGGCGGGGCGCCGGCGCUGCUGCUGCAGCGCCACACUGAUGCCAGUGGUCACGGACCUGGAGUACGAUGCCUUCGUCCUGGGCCAGCCCCCACACACGCAACAGAUCUUGGUGGUGUGCGCGACCCCGCCGCCGCCGCUCCGACCCGGUAACAGCUGCGGGGUGUCGGAGUGGGACGCGCUGGAGCAGCUUUACGGGAGGAUGAACAAGCACAGGACGAUGCCGUGUAGUCAGUGCCAGAUGGAUUCAUUUCGCCUGGUGAGGUAUGAGAUGUCAACCGGUAAGCCCAGCUGUGGAGGGGAGAACCUGCUGCUGCAGCAGCGGCACAACGCUGCUCCUGGAAUGGUGCUGAUGUACAUGAGAGGGACGCUGCUGUUUAUGGGCCACAUUUUCAGUGAUUACAGCUGCUCUGCCAGAGACCUUCAAAAGCAAAUCUCCAGAAGCAGGGGGGACUACAGAUUAGGUCUAAGCUUCUCUUCCGACUGCAAGUACAGUGAUGCAGUUAAAACGCCUGCAGCCGCGGACCCACACAACUCACAGGAUUCAACUUUCAAAGGUGGCAGUGACACAACGUCGAUUAAGGUCACCGAAAGAAAAACCACUCAACUUCCUGGUUUAUAACACCAACAAUGAAGAGAUAAGACCUGUUGUCACGCACUAUGGUCCAGUGAAUUUCAUCGAUUCAUCAAUACAUUCGUACAAUAUGUUUUAUUUGUUGACGUCCAAUCAAACUGCAAAGGCCUCGUUUGCUCAUGAUGUAGCAUGGGGUCAUAUGUUAGUCUCAUCUAUUCCAGAAAUGCAAAAUGUCCUUUUUGACAGGCAAAAGGCGUCAGGAAGAAUCAGUGAUAGCUGGUUUUUCCUCUGCUUUUCCUUCUUCUGUAACUAUCCCAUGGAAACAUCUUUGUCCAUUGAACAAUUGUUUUAUGAGCAGAUUUAAUAAAAACACAACGGAU